AUGCGACUGGGGGCGGCAAGGGUGGCGGCGGCGGUGGGGGCCGCGCUUCGGGUGGAGGGGGAGCCUCGGGCGCCGCGGCCGAUGGCGGAAGCGGCUCCUCGGCGUUGGUCGUUCGCCGGGGAGAUGGCAGCAACUGAGGACACGGGCUCUGCCUUUCGGCGGGGCCAACUCCACAGUCGUGUGGGAGCGUAGAUCAGACAGCGGGGCCGGGUUCCAGAGCGCUUGGGGCCGCCGCGUUGGCGGCGGCGGGCGUGGGCGUCGAUCGAGGGGCGUGUGUGCCCGGGGCUGUCUCUUCGUUGCUACCAGGUGAUGUCUCGUUUAGGUCGAUUGCGGGUUCGCGUGAACUUUGCGUAUGGCGAUCGCGUGUGUCUACUUUGGCAGCGGUGUGUUCACCCUCCGACAUGGGUGUGGGUCUUAGAGAGGUGGCUUCCGCUGUCUCGUUUGGGUCGAUUGCGGUUUCGCGUGAACUUUGCGUACGGCGAUCUCGUGUGUCUGCUUUGGCAGCGGUGUGUUCACCCUCCGAUAUGGGUGUGGGUCUUAGUGAGGUGGCUUCCGCUGGUUCCGCCUUGCUUAGACAGUGUGGGGGGCGUAUUGAAGUGCUCGUGGCGGCCGGUGGUGCCGGCUUCUUUGCGCCCCAUGUCAAUGUUGCGUCGGUUCGUGAAUUUUUUGGGGUCUCGAAACGUUUUCCGCAAAUUGACAACCUCCUCCGCGUGUUGUGUCCUGGCGCGCCGGUCGAUGUCGCGCCGGGGGGGUGUCUAGACGCCGAAUUAAAAUACGGCAACCAUUCCAGCAUUUUACCAUACACUCCGCAGAUCAUUGACAAGAUCGUUUCGGAUGUUACGUUAGGUCGUGCUCUCGUCUUCGACGUACAGUUCAUCCGUGAAAUUUUGGGUGUGCGUGUUUCCCCCCUUGGGGUGGUGGACGAUCCGAAAUUCCGCAUCAUUCAUGAUCUCACAUUCACAGCGGCUGGUGCGCAGUCUAGCGUCAAUGCAGAUACAGAUUUUGAUCGUGCCCCCGAGUGUCUGUUGGGACAUGUACUUUUCGAUGUCUUGUCGCGCGUCCUCUUUUUGCGCCAAUUGCACGGGCCGACUCUCGAGAUUUUGCUCUGCCGUAUUGACGUGCGUGAGGCUUUUCGCCAAGUGUUGGUCGACCCUUCGAGGGCGUCGGUAUUCGGAUACACGAUGGGGGACGUGGUCGUCAUCGACCUUCGUUGCCAGUUUGGUUGGCGUUCCAGCCCAGGUUUUUGGUCGCUGUUUGGUUCCGCUCUUGAGCAUGCACACACCCACACUACUUUUCAGACAGCUUCUGUGUUACCUGCCGGAGUUGCGGCGGUUGAUCAUGUUCAGCUUGUUCCUCUCCAAAACCUCCCCGUAUCGUUACCGAGUGAUUGUGCCCAAAUUUCUAUGGAGGGCGGUUUCGCUGGUUCCGCGUUUUUCGUUCGGUAUUAUGUGGAUGACGGUGUGCUUGUCGAGGCGCUGUUUUUCACGGAUGGUCGUCGUUGCCUACGUGCAGUGCAGUCGAUCGCGUCGGACCAUUUCCGUCUGCUGGGACACCGGGGGCCAAACGAUCCUCCGUUGUUGUCUGCAAAGAAAAUCACCGAUUUUUCGACGCGUUUGGAGGUGUUGGGAUGGAUUUUAGACACGCAAACUCUCACAGUGACCAUGCCUCUGCGAAAACAACAGAAAUUAAACCGUUUGUUGGGCGAGUGGCCGCGGUCGCGUCGGUGUGCGACUGCCCGUCACGUCGCGGAAUUGACCGGUUUUCUUCUUCACGUGUCUUUUGCCUUGCGUCCGGGCAAAUUUUUCGUCGGCUGUCUGCUGGCCGACGUCGGCAUGCCGCAGUCCGAAGUGUUUCCUUCGCGUGUUUCUAACCCCAAUCGGCGUGUCGUGUUGGGGCCCAUGUUUCACGAUGAUUUGGAUUUUUGGCGCUGGUUUGCGCAGCGAGGUCUGGCGUCGCGUGGCGGCCAGUUGUGUGCACCGAUGUACAAUGUGGUGCUUCGUCCUCCGGUAAUGGCUGUGUUUGCCGAUGCUUCCAAAACGGCGUUUGGAGCAUACUGUGUGCAAACUGGGUGUUAUUUCCGGCGUGAUCUGACGUGUGACGAGCAGUCCCGCUUUGUGGGGUCUAGCAAGUCUGUAUCCGAGUGUGCCGAUGUCAGUAUCAAUGUUCUUGAGCUACUCGGCAUGGUCGCGGCGGCAUGGGUGUUGAUUGUGCAACAGCGUCAUGUGCCGGUGUCGGCUGGUGACUGUAUCCAGUUGCGGGGAGACAAUGAAGCGAGUGUGGCAUGGAUUGAGCGGUGUCGCGGAGGCAAGGAGCCGCGGUCAGGCGCGCUCAUGCGGAUGCUGGGGGCGAUUGAAGUGUCUAGCGGGUGGCUUUUCCAAUCGUCCCAUGUGCCUGGUGUGCUCAAUUCGCUUGCUGAUGGUAUUUCUCGCUGGCCCGCCGCUGAUGUGUACGACAACCUUUGUGCCGCUGCCCCCCAUGUACGAUGGCAGGAAGUGGAGUUGAAUCGAGCCGGGCAAGAGAUGUGCUCUGCCGUACUGGGGCCAGUCUCGUCCGCCAGUCACUUGCGCGAACGUCUGAACGAACUUACCUGGGCCUUUUUGGAGCCUGGGUGAAAUAUCGUGUGAUCGUGGUGAACCGGCCGGUUUUUAUUGCUGCCGAGGUUGUUACGCGUGAUGUCGUUGCUCAAUUGCUUGAGUACGUGCGUAUUGUUUUUCCGUUUUGGGUCUAUAACAAUCGACCAUCGCUAGUCAUUUGUCCGCUAUUAAGUUCUUCCAUCAUCGUGUGUCGGGUGAAGGGGAGCUUGAUACGCAGCAUCCGCUGGUGCGUUGUGCUUUACGUGGGGCGGCGCGGGGGCAUGCCGACGUGGGCACACAGCAGCGGUUGCGACGGCCGGUGUCUUGGGCGAUGUUGCAACGGGGGAGUUCGCUGGUAUCGCAAUGGGGGGUAGGCGGGCGCGUUUUGUUUCUUGCGCUGAGUGCUUCUCUCUUCUUCCUGACGCGAGCAUCCGAGAUGUUUGCGGUGUCGAAAUUGUCUAUGCAUGAGGUUCAUGGAUUGCGUCGGGGGGACGUAGCGUUUUUUCGGGGGUCGGUCCAGCUGUUGCAGUCGGCGCAGUGGCCAUUGGCCGAUCGCGUGGAGGUACGUUUUCGUUCGUCGAAAGGGGACCAGUUUCGGAAGGGGGCGGUUUGCACGCGCACACGGCAAGGUCCGUGCUGUGGGGUUGACCGAGGGGGUGGUGCAGUGGAUGUCAUGGUGGAGCUGCUUUCUCUGUAUACCUUUUUGCCUUCGCAUGCGCCUCUCGUGGCUUUCGGUGUUGGUCAGGGCCAGUGGGCCAUGUGGACUAGGUGUCAAGCUACUGUGGCUCUUCGCCAAGUGGUUGCGUUGGCGGGUAUGCAGCCCGAGGAGUACGCGCUGUACUCCCUGAGAAUUGGGGGCGCAACUUUCUUGGCGGCGGGGGGGGCUGCGCCGGAGGUUCUCCGAAGAGAAGGGCGUUGGUCGGGGGAGAGUAGUCACCAGUGUUACGUUCGGAAUGUUGGGGGUGACGCUUCGUGGGUGUCAGAGGUGUUGGCGAACAAGGAGAAGGUGACUACACAGCCAGGGCAAGGUACCCGAUGGGGUGACGUGUGAAGGGGUUCCGU